GCGCUGAACGUCUUCAAGUCCCUUCGCGGCAGCGACUGGUACGCAGCCGUCAACCUGGACCGCGACGAUCUGACGAGAACGGGUGUGUCAAACACCGUUGGCCGCUCCCACAAUUUUGAUUCCGCGUUCUCCGCGCAGUGGAUGCUUUGUCUCCUCCUGUCGUCUUCCUUGCUGCUGAACACGAACCCGGGUCCGUGGUGCGACCGUGCUUGGGGACGUCUUCUUCAUCAUUUCACGAGGAAACCCUCCACCUCGUCCUCUCCUGCGGCCGCGGGGCCACCGUCGUCCACGAAAUCAUUUAGUACAACGGCGCCGCACCGUCAAUCCGUCUGGCAGAACUCGCGGUUCAUCCUCGUUUUUUCACUCCUCACAACACCGGUGCUGCUGUCCUUGUGGUACCCAGCGAUGGAGGCGGUGGUGCGGGGAAGCCGUCUUACGGGCAGAGGUACGGGAGUGCAGAAUCAGGGGUUUUUGACCACCGCAGCCUCCGUACCACCGAGAGCAGACUACACAGACGGAGAUCACCAUGUGCCCCGUUUCGAGUACUUGGAAGAGUUGGUCGAGGUCGUGGCGCCGGGUGUGGACGAGGACAUCGAAUUCGAGCAGACGUCCUUCGGUUUGCGGAUUCUGCGAGGACUGAAUUGUCUGUGGAAUAUCAAUUGCGAUAGCGAGCUGUAUUCUCGCUUGUAUGAUGGCGCGGAAUUCCACGGCCCGGGAAUGAGUUUCGCGUUGCUCGCAAAUUCGCGAAAAUUAUUUCGAGUGCCAAUGGCGGAAGCGCGGCCGGACCGGGGCGCGACAGGGGAGUGGACAGCCGUUCGCCUCUCCUUGCCGCUCCUGGCGACGGGAGUUGGGGCACAGGAAUGGCUCGUCCCACGCGAGGAUAGUCCGGCGUCGAAAAUUAUGCGUACACGAACGCUCGGCAGCACGGAGUCCGCAUCCAUGUGCGCAAAUUUUUGUCGCAAUUUGUGGAGUGGGGAACGCGAUGAACAAGGAAUGUUGAGCGAACGACAGGCGGAGGGUCAAAUGAGCAGCAGAAGUGCUACUUCCUACUUCCGUUGCCAGUUCCUCUUCGUGUCUUUUCCCGCACCGCACACCUGCUUUGCGUUCGAAGAUUUUCCGUCCGACUUAUUGUAUCCUGAUGACGUGCAGCACGCUCGUCCGGGUCCAGACACAACAAGUACAAGCUAUCAGGUCGCAAAUGUCGAGUUGCGCCAGUCCUCCACCCAGGGCCCCCUCGCGGGCCAGGUCGACCUCCGCGCGAAAGACGGAGCAAUACUACUUCGAGGAGGAUCCCGGAAUGGAGAUGCGGUCGUGCUGGCGUUCGAAUUAGUUAGGCAUAACGUCUUCGGCCGAGGCGCGGAAGGAAAGACGGAUGCGUCUCCGCCGCUAGCAUUUGCAGCAGUCGCGAUGCUACUCUGGUUGGCAGCCCUGUUUGCAACGCAUUUCCUUCGCAACGUGGUGGAAGACAAGAGGUGGCUGUAGUAGGGACGAGGGGACAGCACGAGCCAAAAAUACGAUGUAAAGCGAGAGAAGUGAGUUGAAUUAUUCAUGUUUCUCAAAGAAUUUUUUUCAAUAAAUAUUAAAUUCUCUCUUAAGACGGUUUUUGCGAAUCGUGGAAGCGUGAGCGCCAUUUUCGCUGCCCCAACAUUUCGCCAGGGCUGCUAUUAGAGCUUCUUAAACGACAUUGUCUAAAAAUCAAGUUCUUCAUCGGCUAACUUUUUUCAAGUUUCUCCCCACCACUUAAGAGCCACACAUCUUUGCAACGGAAAAAACCUAAUCAAUAUACUAGGCUCAAGGGUACCGUUUUUUACCUAACGUUCCUGUAGUUUCUUUUCGUAGUCUUAAAAGCCAUACGACAAACAUUUGCGGAAAAUCCAGAAUAUCAUUGGGCAACUUUUGCAGUAGAACAACAACUCUAAUUAAUUAAUACCAUAUAUAAGGAUUCUUGAGGAGCUUAGAAAAUGGAAGAAGUUAAACUGAAACGGUGUUUACUUAGUUUCAAACUCAAGUGACUCACUGCCAUAACUUAUCGUAUAGAAAUAUCAAGACUAAAGAAUGCAACGCCUCAUGCUAGGCACAUUCAUUCAUUCACCCAUUCAGAGCAUCGUGUCAAGUCAGCGCGCCGCAUAGAAAUUUUCUCACGAUCCUCCACAUUGGUUUAGGCAUGCUGCGCACGACCCCAUGCGCUGUCCAAUCUAUCGGUGAGAAGUGCCGCCAUUUUCGUGGGCCUUACCUUACAUCAAUGAUUCACAUGAUAUAUAUAGAUUAUAUGUAAGUUCUUUAGUAGAAGUCGGUCUUUUCCUAAAGUAAGAUAUGAAUAUUGUACAUUCAAUCAUCAUGUCCUUCGGGUUAGCACCUAGACACCAAAGUCGUUGACAUACUUGAAGAACAGCGCAAAAAGAAAAGAUUGUGGAAAUCAAAAUUAUUGCUGUGAAAAACCUUCGGAGCCGUGCUGAUCAGAGACUUGCGAUCGUAGUAUUCAUUUAUUUUUUUGUCGGCGGGCUUCUUCAGCAAACCAAUCAGCAUUUCGCGCGAUUCAUUGUAUCAGCACGUCUACUCGAGCAGAUGUGGCGGGUGUG